AUGAGUGUGCUUAUGGACGAAUCCGCCAUCAGUGGUAUGUCGAAGUCUCUGAGCAGAGACGAGGAACAUGCGUCUAUCAACAAGUUCCUACAAGGAGAACUUGCCGUCGAAAGACAGAAGAUAUUCUUGCUACAACAGCAAGGCUCUCAUCAGUGGAUGGGCGGGCCGACGCACAUGCGUCGACGCAAAACCUUGAGCAUUGAUAUCUCAAAGUACAAGGGAACCGAUGAAGAUUCCCUUUUGAGAUGGCUCGUCGAGUCAGACGAUGCCAUCAGGGCCCGUCACAUCGAGGGUGACGAGAUGCAAAUCACAUUCUCCCUGUCAAAUUUGACAGGACGAGCAAAGACUUGGGCCUUAGAGCUCAAGCUUCACGACCCAAACGUGUUUGAGUCGUUGAAGAUCUUGAAGUCACGGCUCAAAGUGACGUUGGAGCCGUCACGAGCCGAGUUCAGAGCACGCUCCGCCCUCCUGAGUAUCAAGAAAGGUAAGGGUGAUGUGCAUGAUUACGGACAACACCUACGCUACCUUGGGAGUAGAGUCACUGAAAACCCUGUUAAUGAGCACACGAUCAUGAACGUGUUUAUCUACGGGCUUGAAAAUGGACUAGUUAAGACCUACAUGUUCCGAGAUGACUUUCAUACGCUGGAAAAGGCGAUAGCGUAUGCGGAACAAGAAUACUUCAGCCUGAGACAGUCUCAAGCUGACUCGUCAAAAUAUCUUUCGACAAGACGACAGAAAACAGGAGGUCCCGAAUUGAUGGACCUCUGUUACAUCGAGCGUGAGAACUUUCGUUUUCUAAGUCACAAGCGAACGGCAAAAUACCAUCGCUAUCCGAAGAUUGGACAAAACGCCCAUGAGUGUAGUAUCCCUAAGCACCGCAUCACUUCCGAAGACAGGACAUCAUGA